UCACGGGGUGAGGAGGCGGGAACCGGUUGUUAAUAUUUUGGCAGCUCAUCACUGGCUGCAGGCAUAACAGCUCUGCUUGGCUAGAAGUGGCAAGCGUCUCCCCUAAUCACUGGGUGUCUAACUAACACAGCAAAUAUCAUGAGACUGAGCCAGAGCAGCCCCCGUGUAAAUGAGAACCAGAUAUUUGAAACACCGAUUCCAGCUUAGCCAAGUUUUUAGCCUGCGAGUUUCAAAAUAUCCCUCCUCAAACACCUCCUCCGGCAAGCUCAUUAGCACCGGUGGAUGCUGGCCCCCAGGGAAGGUCCUAGUGACCCUCUCCACCAGCACGGGGGCUGAUGGCAGGCGGGGGCAGAUCACACUUUGAUCACAAAAGCCCCCGGGGCUGGGAAUGUUACCGUCCAGGGGGCUUGUUCCAGUGCCGCGAACAGCAUGAGUCAGUUCCAGGAACGGAAACACCCAGUUCCUGCAGCAGGUGGAGUGAAUCUCUGAGUUCAGGAAAGUGAAACUUACCCCCCUGGCACUGGCUAGACAGGAGCCAUGGCUGCAGACGGCCCCGCACAACGUCUCCAGGCUGAAGCCACUUGCCCCAUCUGUCGGGAGUAUUUUAAAGACCCGGUGAUUAUAGACUGUGGGCAGAGUUUCUGCAGAGCCUGCAUCAGCCGCUGCUGGGAAGGGCUGGACACAGACGUCUCCUGCCCUCAGUGCGGAGAAACUGCUCAGCAGAGAAACCUCACACCCAACAGGCAGCUGGCGAAGGUCCUAGAAAUAGUCCAGCAGCUGAGUUUACAGGUAAUUGCGGAUGCAGGACGGGAGGGAGCGUGCAGGGAGCACCAGGAGCCUCUCAAGCUGUUCUGUGAAGACGAUCAAACCCCCAUCUGCGUGGCGUGUGACGCAUCCCGGGCUCACGCCGCUCACACGGUGGUUCCCAUCCAGGAGGCCGCCCAGGAGUACAAGGAGAAGCUCUGGGCCCAUUUGGAGACUCUGAAGGGAGAGAAAGACAAGCUGGAGGGAUUUAAAGUGACUGGCGAGGGGACAAGGCAGCAGUAUCGGAUACGGACAGAAAACGAGAGGCAGAAGAUUGUGUCUGAGUUUCAGCAAGUGAAGGCGUUUCUGGAGGAAGAGGAGCGACUCCUGCUGGCCCAGCUGGAACAGCUGGACGAGGAGAUUGUGAAGCUACAGAACGACGACGUCGCUCAACUCUCGGAGGAGAUUUCCCGUCUCGGCGAGCGGAUCCGUGAGCUGGAGGCGAAGUGUCAGAAGCCAGCGAGUGAAUUCCUGCAGGACGUCAGAAGCACCUUGAGCAGAUGUGAGAUGGGGAAGUUCCAGCAGCCAGCGGAGAUUUCUCCGGAGCUGGCAGAGAGACGCGGCGAUUUCUCCCAGAAAAUUUUUGCUCUAACGGAGACUCUGAGGAAGUUCCAAGACACGCUGCUCUCCGAUCUGGAGCGAAAAGGAGGGGAACCCCAAGAGACAUACACACCAGCGAACGUGACUCUGGAUCCCGACACGGCGCAUCCCAAACUCAUCCUCUCUGCGGACGGGAAGAGCGUGAGAUGGGAACACAGGCGGGAGGCUCGGCCCGACAACCCGGAGAGAUUCGACCGAUGUCCCUGCGUGCUGGGCUGUGCGGGAUUCACCUCCGGGAGACAUUGCUGGGAGGUGGAGGUGGGGGAUGACGGACGCUGGGCGGUGGGGGUGGCCAGAGAGUCUGUGAGGAGGAAGGAACGGAUCAACCCUAACCCCAAGGAGGGGAUCUGGGCGGUGGAGCUGUGGGGGGAUCAGUUCCGGGCUCGCACCUCCCCUAUGACCCCCCUGGGCCGGGUCCCCAGCAGGAUCCGGGUUUGUCUGGACUGUGAACGGGGGCAGGUGGCCUUUUUCGAUUCUGGUACCGAGGCCCCGAUCUUCACUUUCCCGCCGGCCUCUGUCCCCAGGGAGAGAAUCCGCCCCUGGCUCUUAGUAAGAUCGAACGGUGGGGUCAGGCUGUGUCCCUGAGAUGGGGCGUGCGGGUGCGAAUAGCCCACGGGGGACCCUGAAAUCAGCCUCUCUAGCCUCAUGCAACCUCGUCUCCACGGCCUCUGCCUGCGGACGAUCUAUCUAGGGUGACCAGACAGCAAGUGUGAAAAAUCGGGACGGGGGUGGGGGGUGAUAGGAGCCUAUAUAAGAAAAAGACCCCAAAGUCGGGACUGUCCCUAUACAAUCGGGACAUCUGGUCACCCUACAUCUAUCAUACAGAUUCUGUCACCCUGUGGGCUAGUUAGGAUCUUAGGUCUGGGCUGUCAAACUACAGGGACCAGGGACUGAUCCCGCUGGAGAAGCCAACCUCAUUGCCCCAGGGAUUGUCCGGCCUGUUUGUCACUGUCCUCUAUGGUCCAGGAGGACUCUGGGGAACUGGGGGCGGGACCCACUGGGAAUGGUAAAAUGGGCUCCUCUAGCCACAGUCGUCCUAGUCUCUGUGACCCUGGAGGACUCCUCUCUACCCAAGACCUAAUACCUCAUCUCUGUGUCUCCUGGAAGCGCCUCCCCGUCCCUCCCUCUCUGCACCGGGGACGGGCAGCUGGGGGCGGGUGUGAAGAACUCCUGGCCCUGCUGGAGGAGCAGAUGUGGGGGCUGCGGGGUCAGAACUGAUGGGGAGGGGUGGGCAGGGGACAGAAUUAAUAGCUGGGCUGGGGACAGGCAGAUGUGGGGGUGGCAAC